UUAGAGCAAAAGUUUCUCCACUUGACGGUUGAUAUGUUUAAUUUAUAUUGUUCGCAACUGGAUAAUUGAUUGUUAAUACCGAAACUUAUGAAUAAGUGAAAAACAACAACUUGUUCCCAAAAAAUGGAAAUGGUACAGUGACGUUGAAUUUACGUGAGGGGCUCUUGUUGGAUUGUGUUUAUUUACUAGUAGAAGUGGUUCCGCAGAUUGAUAUAUUUUAUUUGCUUACAAAUGGCUAUCGAUGGAAAUGAUGUACGAAGGAAUUUGUAAUCUUUUGGCGUACAGUGAAUAUUUUAGAGAUACUUGUGUAACCUCGGUUUUUUAAACUAAACGCUCCUAGUGUUUAUCUACUUGUGACAAGUAGAUACCACUUUGUUAGGUCCUUCAGGACUUUAAAUUUUUUUAAGGAAUAAUUGUCAUAAUGUCGGAGUCCGAUGAAGAUCACGAUAGAGAUUACGACUCUAAGGGAGUAGAUCUUGCCGGAUUUAUGUUUGGUAACAUUGACGAGAAUGGGCAACUCGAAAAUGACAUUCUUGACUCCGAUGCCAAACAACAUCUUUCAUCACUAAACCAACUAGGUAUUGGUUCCUUUCUGAUGGAAAUAAUGUCAGAGGAAACAGAUGACAAAAAAGAAAAAGAUGAAUCUGAGACUGAAGAAAAUAGCAAGGAACCCAUACAGAACGGAGAUGUUAAUGCGGAAGAUAUAAAAGAUGUUGAUUAUCUUGGUAAGGACCCAGAGGCAUUGGAUUUUUCGGAUAUCAAUGAAUUAGCAGAUGACUGUGUUGAUUCUCUUCAAGGAAUGUCCAAUGGAACAAAGUCGGAAAAAGAGGCUGGCUAUGACGCUGAUGAUGAAGAUAUAGAACAUAAAGAAGACAAAGAUUUAAUGCCUCCACCUCCUGUACCAGAAGAAAAAGAACCAUUGACUGCUGAGGAAGAAACAUUAGUGAUGCAAAGAAAACUUGAAACUCCUCUUGCUUCUGUGUUACCAUCUAAAUAUAUUAAUGUUGAUGUUACAGAACUUUUUCCACAUUUUCGUCCACAAAAAGUUCUUCGAUUUUCUAAAUUGUUUGGUCCAGGUAAACCAAAUAGUUUGCCACAGAUAUGGAGAGGUGUAAGGAAAAGACGUAAAAAGAAACAAAUGCAGCAGGAUACUAUUAAAGAUUCAGAUUCUGGAUCUGACAAAGAAAAUAAAAAAAAUAAAUUUAGGGGGUGGACUAUGAACUAUGGACCAGAUCCAACUCAAGAUCAAUUGGCUGAAGAUGAUGAGGAUGCUUUAUUAAUGCCAGCAAAAGAUGAAGAGCAAGAGAAGAAUCCUGGCGAGACUGAUGAAAAUGAUAUGGGGCCAAAAGUUGCUGACUGGAGAUUUGGGCCAGCUCAAAUUUGGUAUGACAUUCUCGAAGUGCCAGAAACUGGAGAAGGCUUCAACUAUGGUUUUAAGUUAGCAGAAGAAGUAGAAGAACAGACUGCAGUUAAAGAUGAAAAUGUUGAUGAAGAUGCUUUUCUUAUGGUUUCUCAACUGCAUUGGGAAGAUGAUGUGAUCUGGAAUGGUGAUGAUGUCAAACACAAGACCAGAAAUAAAUUAAACUCGAGAAAUAAAGCUGCUGGUUGGGUACCAUCGAGCGAUAAUAGAACAGCACAAGCUUUCAGUCAGCCGGGAAAAGCGAUACCUGGUCAAAUCGCUCCGAAUGUCAGAUUGGCAACUUCACAAAUUGCCGUACCAGCUCAUAUGCAGAAUCAGAAACAUAAAAAUGUUAAUGUUAAUAAAGAUCAAGCCAAUGAAUACACUGACGAUACGUGGUAUUCAAUUUUCCCGGUUGAAAACGAAGAACUUGUCUACGGUUUAUGGGAAGACGAGAUUAUUUGGGACGCUGAAUCCAUGAAAAAAAUACCAAAACCGAAAAUUCUGACUCUUGAUCCGAACGACGAGAAUAUUAUUCUUGGUAUUCCCGAUGACAUCGAUCCAGCUUUGAUGCAUAGAAGCAAUGGGCCACAACCAAAAGUAAAAAUUCCUCAUCCUCAUGUUAAGAAGAGCAAACUUCUACUAGGUAAAGCUGGAGUGAUUAAUGUUUUGGAGGAGGAUGCACCACCACCACCACCAAAGUCACCGACUAAUAGUGAUCCCUUUAAUAUAUCUAACGAUAUUUAUUAUAUGCCUAAAUCAUCAGAAACCACUAUAAGACUGAAAGUUGGCGGUGGCAAUCUCAUACAGCAUAGUACCCCGAUAGUUGAGCUACGAACUCCAUUUGUACCGACUUACAUGGGACCGAUGCGACUUAGAAACUUUCAUCGACCACCUCUCAAGACAUAUUGUCGCGGUGCUUUGGCUCAUUCAGGCCCACACAGCGUGAUGCCUUUAACUAAGUUCAUCAAGAAGCAAGCAAAACUACGAGAGCAAGAGCGAAUAGCCUCAGGUGGUGGUGAUGUGUUCUUCAUGCGCACGCCAAACGACUUAACAGGUCGCGAUGGUGAAAUAGUGUUGAUAGAGUUCUCUGAAGAACAUCCACCACUUGUCAAUCAAGUAGGCAUGUGCUCAAAAAUUAAAAACUACUACAAACGCAAUGUUGGUAAAGAUACUGGCCCACCCGAGUUCAAAUACGGGGAAACAGCUUACGCACAUACGAGUCCGUUCCUCGGUGUUCUUACGCCCGGUCAAACAAUACAAGCCAUAGAAAAUAAUAUGUACAGAGCACCGAUCUACGAGCACAAAGUCAACGAUACCGAUUUUCUUGUAAUCAGAACACGAGAUCAGUACUAUAUCAGAGAGGUCGACGCAUUAUUUUUAGCUGGACAGGAGUGUCCAUUAUAUGAGGUUCCAGGACCCAACUCGAAGAGAGCCAACAACUUCGUUCGAGAUUUCUUGCAAGUAUUCAUCUAUCGACUCUUCUGGAAAUCCAAGACUAAUCCGAGAAAAAUAAUGAUGGAUGACAUUAGGAAAGCUUUUCCUCUGCAUAGCGAGAGUACUAUUAGGAAGCGCUUGAAAUUGUGCGCUGAUUUUAAAAGGACAGGAAUGGAUUCGAACUGGUGGGUUAUCAAACCAGAUUUUCGUUUACCAACCGAAGAGGAAAUUCGUGCGAUGGUGUCGCCCGAACAAUGCUGUGCUUAUUUUAGUAUGAUAGCCGCUGAACAAAGAUUGAAAGAUGCCGGUUAUGGUGAGAAAUUUUUGUUUACUCCUCAAGACGAUGAUGAAGAAAUGCAGUUAAAAAUGGAAGACGAAGUCAAAGUUGCUCCAUGGAAUACUACACGUGCCUACAUACAAGCCAUGAAGGGUAAAUGCUUGUUACAACUGACUGGUCCAGCUGAUCCGACAGGUUGCGGAGAAGGAUUUUCGUAUGUCAGAGUUCCUAACAAACCGACUAUCAGCAAGGAGGAACAAGAGGCUCAACCGAAGCGAAUCGUCAAUGGCACAGACGCUGAUUUACGUCGUCUACCGCUUAACGCAGCCAGAGCAUUGUUGCGUAAAUUCAGAGUACCCGACGACGUAAUCAUGAAGCUCUCGCGAUGGGAAGUUAUCGACGUUGUGCGCACAUUGUCAACUGAGAAAGCGAAGGCUGGAGAGGAGGGCAUGACAAAGUUCUCCAGAGGCAAUCGUUUCUCUAUCGCUGAGCAUCAAGAACGUUACAAAGAAGAGAGUCAGCGUAUUUUUGAUCUUCAAAAUCGUGUGUUAGCGUCUAAUGAAGUUCUCAGUACCGACGAAGGAGAAAGUUCAGAUGAAGAUAGUUCGGAUAUCGAGGAAAUGGGAAAGAAUAUUGAGAACAUGUUAAGCAAUAAGAAGACUAGCACACAGUUGAUUCUUGAAAGGGAAGAACAGCAGAGGCAGGAAUUGAAGAGAAUGAUGAUGAAAAAUGAUCAUUCGGAUACGCAAGAUGAUAAGAAGUUUAAAGACAAGAAGAAAGAUAUCGAAGAUGAGAAUUCAAGCUCAAAUUUCAAUACUCAACCAGGUCGAGUAUUAAAAAUUUACAGAACAUAUCGGAAUGCCGACGGUUCAGUGUUCACACGUACAGAGAUCGUACGCAAACCAGCGGUGAUCGACACGUACUUAAAAGUUCGUAAUUCCAAAGAUGAGACUUUCAUUAAGCAAUUCACCAGCAUCGAUGACGUACAGAAGGAAGAGAUGAAACGUGAGAAACGUCGCAUUCAAGAGCAAUUACGUCGUAUCAGACGUAAACAAGAACGCGAAAAAAUGCUCGCUGGUGGUGGGCGCAACUUCAGCCACUUGAAUCUGUCCAAUCAUUCGCAAAAUCUACUCGAUCGCAGUGACGACAUAUCGCCAGUCAAUUCAUCCUAUGAUGGCAAUCCUUCUCCAAGUAAUUUUCCAUUCCCAAAUAACAAACCAUCUCUCACUAACAAUAUAAAAGCUUUAUCCACAUCUGACUUUCCAAUAUCUUCGCCCUCUAAAAGUAAAAAACCCAAAUUAAAAUCAGAUGUCAAGCUCAAAUGUGGUGCCUGUGGCAACGUCGGACACAUGAGGACCAACAAGUCAUGUCCACUCUAUCAAAACAGUUUAGGAGCACCAUCGGUCACUCCUACUCCCAUGCCCGUGGUUGAGGAACCAGAAAUUGAGGUGGAGAAACCGAAUUAUACCGAAAAUCAGGAUCUCGUUAACGUCGAUGGCACCAAAGUCAAACUCUUGGCGAAACUUAUCAAGCAUGUUGAAGAGAUGAAGAACCGUACGAAUAUUCUGAAAAUGCCAAAAGAGCAAACAACAUCGACAAAACGUAAACGGCAGCAUGGCGAAGAUGAUUUUGAUUACGUUAAACGUUAUCAAAGACCAGCUGGUGCGAAUCGUCGACGAACGGAUCCAGUUGUCGUUCUAUCCUCGAUCUUCGAAGAUAUUCUUAAAAAUUUACGUACCCAAGAAUUUGCACCUUUUCUGACACCUGUCAACUCGAAACUAGUACCAGAUUAUCACCGUAUAGUUACACAGCCGAUUGAUUUGCAAACGAUCAAUGAUAACCUUCGCCAAAAAAAGUACCAGUGCCGGAAGGAACUUUUAGCCGAUAUGAACCAGAUAAAAUUGAACAGUGCGUUAUACAAUGGUCCUGAACAUCCACUCACGCACACCGCACAAAGAAUGUUAGAAUUGUUCGCCAAAUUAGUAGCCGAGAAAGAUGAGAAAAUAAUCAGGCUAGAAAAAGCUAUAAAUCCAUUGUUGGAUGAUAAUCAUCAAGUCGCCUUUACAUACAUCCUCACGUCAAUGAUUGAAAAUACUAUUAAAAUAAUGCCUGAAGCUACACAGUUCUUGAAGCCAGUUAACAAAAAAAUUUAUAAAGAUUAUUACGACAUCGUUAAAAAUCCUAUGGAUGUUGAAACCAUUCAUAAGAAGAGCUCAGCACACAAAUAUCAUUCUCGCACAGAAAUCGUUAGAGAUUUUCAACAGAUCUAUGAAAACAGUGUGAUGUAUAAUGGUGAUCUUUCACCUUUGACUUCCAAAGCUGAUAUUCUGCUAAAGACGGUCACUGAUUAUUUGAAUAAUAUAUCCGAGCACUUGACGAGACUGGAGAAUAAAAUCAUGGAAGCACAGCAGAAAGCUAUUGAACAAGAUGAUUCGUGGAUCCCCGAGGAGGAGAAUUACAUCAUUCCCGAACCAGAAUUCAGAAGCACUCAAGCCACUUCUCCAGAAGAAGUUUUAAAAACAAAUAUGGACAUCUCUGAUAUAGUAGACAUUGAAGGUGUCGAAGUAGAUGUUGGACUUGAUAGACCGGCAGCCGUUCAAAAGAGCGAUGUACUUGAAGAAGAUUUGCAAUGUUCGAGCGAAGACGAAUUCGAUGAAGUACCUUUUGGAGUAGACGAUGCUUUCGAAGCGACGGAAUUGAAACCUUUGAUGCCAGUAGAAGUUUCAGCCGAUGAAUUGCUUGCCGAUGAUGGUAGUCAACAAGUUGCCGAGGCUAUGAUUCAACUCGGUAAUGCUGGAUCUUACGUGGAACCGCCAUCGAAUCAUGCAGAUGAAAGUCUCGACUCAAACUACGAUCCAUCGGAUGCAUUCUUCAACACAAUACCGGCAAGAAAAGAUGAUGGUUAUAAGAUUCAAGAUGAUUUAGCUGUAUCCGAUAGUGAUGAAGAAGAUAAAAAAUCGGGUAUAAAAAUUGAGAUUGAAGCACAUCCGAUUCCAAUCCAACAACAAACGGAAGAUGAUCUCGGAAACUUAUGGUUUUAAGCUAGCUGUUAAAUUGGUGGGUUUUAAUAAUGUUAACCCAUAUAUUUAACGUAUGGAUUUUUAAUAAAUUGAAAUUAAUAUAUAUUUUCGCGGAUCAAGCUAGUUAUUGAGCAUUAUGUAUAUAAACUUUGGUAAUAUAUUUCAGAAACAAUUUUUUUUAUUAAUAUCAUCACCUGUAUGUAAAUAUGUAAAUGUCUUAAAUCACAUUUUACUGCUUCAAAAUUUAUAUGUAAGUUGCAUCUAAUCGUGUGACAUGUAGUAUUUAUAUGUAUUUUGAAAAAAACGUUUAUUGUGAUAAUCACUGGAACAUUAGUGUUAUGAUUUGAUCAAUCAUCGAGUGUGCAAUAGACAUUUAACAAAGAAAUUGUAAAUUAUAGAUCAAGUUAAACUUUAUAUUCUCCAAAAUUUUUUAUCUAUUUUGGAUUUAGUGUUUUUUACAUAGAAAAUCUCAUUUUCUAUGUCAACAAAAAUUAUACCGCGGCCAGUGUAUUUAACGAUGAAUCAUGAUAAUCAUGAUGUCCAUAGCAUUUUUGUAACCAAUGAUAUGAAUAUCAUAAAUACAAUUUUUGGCGUUUUUGUAGUUUUAUGCUACAUCAAGUUUAUAAAGGCGUAUUUGCCUUUUGUAAAUCAUUUACGCUGCGACAAAUAAAAUUCAAUCUUUUUUUUUUAAUUAUUAUAUAUAUACAAUUAUUCAAUGCCAUAGCUUUCACACAUAACUUUAGUAGUUAUCGAUAAUUUCUAUUGAUAAAUAAAUAAUGUACGUGAUUCUUUCUUCAUUUUCUAAAAGUGAUUAACAAGAAUAUGAUGCUAAUUAUUCGUUAAUAAUUGAUAAUAUGUUAAUAAUUAAUAGAUGUCUACUUUGUUCGUGCUGCAAAAUUUUAUUUUUAGGCAUUUUCUACUGUUAAUUACCUCUAUAAAGAAUAAGAAUAUGCAACAUAAUGAUAAUAAUUUUUUACUGUAAUUUAGAUUACUUUAACUUCAUUCCAUAAACGAUAAACCAAACCUUACUUUCUCCUUCUACAAACACUUGGGUUCUCUACCAAAAAAAUUACAUAAUUUAUCACGCAAUAAACAACAUAUCAUUUUUUUAUUAUCUAUGGUGUAAAUCAUAUAAGUAAAUUGUUUAUUUGGAAAAUGUGGAAGCUACGUGAUUCAUCACGUAUGAUACCGCGCGAUAUCACAAAGAUAAGAGACUUCCCUACCUCUUUUGUUUCUACCAAAGAUUCUGUGACUUCACGUGAUUUUAUAUAUAUGAUGAUGACAUUUCACGUGAUGUCACUAAGGUAAAUGGUUCGUAUAAAAGAAGAUAUCCUUUCCCGCACUUGUAUCAUAAUGUACUGUAAUUUAUUAUAAUAUUUAUUAUAUAAGGAAUAUAAAUAAUAUGACAUUCUUUCAUUCGCUAUUUAUGAAAAACUACGUUUAUAAAUGUAUUUAACGAAAGAAUUCAUGUUCGUAUUUGUAACCAAUUUUCUUUUUGGAUCUUUAUUUUUUACUACUUCUUUCGUAAAAAACAAGGUUUGCGUUUAAAUAAAUGCGAGGUGUAUUAAUUUACGUCCUGA